UUGGUGGAAAAACCCGCUUGCGAUCAUUCGUUCGCAGUGCUUCUUGCCCGUUAUUUGGACGUUUGCGUAAAGGCGGAUUCGUUGUGCUGGGAGAGAAAGAAACUAGAGAUGGUUUGUAAACAAAUGAUGAGUUCGACGUGGAUUAACACCUUCAGAACGAAAACCUAUACGAGCACUUGCCUUAAGGGGGCUAAAGCUGUCGGUUAUUACUCUACCGAAGAUGCUACUAUCAACACCGAAGCGAUGCUGCAGCAGGAAGCGCUUGUCUUGCGUCUACGAACAAUGUGUAUCGAACAGCAAUCCCCAGCGCUGUUUCAGCGGGAGCUUGAAAAACUUCGCUGCGAGCAAUACGUUCAUAAAGUAGUUGAACAGUAUGAAAACACAUCUCAAGUAGCGAACAGCCCCUAUUUCUAUGGUGCUAAUUUGAACGUGAUUUUAGUUUCGUUUUCGGAACUUCCGGACGAAUUUAGAAAGAUCAGAGACAAUAUUCGGACGCUUUUGGAUACGCUGUUUUAUUUUCUGCGACAGCCUGAAAAUCAGCCGUAUUCUGCAUCCAUUAUUAACUGGAUUACGGUUUUGAUGGAGACCCUUUUCAAGUGCACGGCACCAGAAGAUCAUAUGUAUUUGCUUUUCCAAUUUUUGCGGUGCCCGGAUACGUUUGGGAAGUGGGCGUCAAAAUUUAUACAUUCUUUUGUACACAUAUCGAGCGAUUUGUUUCCGGCAGUCAACUUAUAUUUGAUAUUAUUGGACGAACUUUUCAUUCCAUUAAGAAAUCGAUCGCUGUUCGUGCAUGACUUUCAAACCGAGUCCGAAGAACCAUUCAGUGUCGUUGGGCUGGAUGGUGAAGAGAGAAGCAGUUUCUCCGAAAUCGACGAAUCAGACUUGCUAUGCUGUUUUGAUCGAUUUUCAGCUGAUCCAGUCUUCAAUGCGAUUUUUUUGCUCAUCGAUUGCUCAAACUUGAAUCCCCUGUAUCUGCGUUAUCUACUGGAUUUCGAACUCGUUUAUCUGCGCAUAUUUCAGAAGGGGCUGAAGACCUAUGAUUGCUGUCGAUUUGAAACGUUCUGUAAGCGGUUGGCCAGCAGUGUAAGUGGCAGUUUGCGAUGCUUAUAUGGCUUCAUGUGUCAACGCUUGGAAGGUAAGGUCUCAGAGGAGGACGUGAACACCUUCUUCAGCGGAUUCAAGAAUCUUCGUUUAUUUGCUAUACAAAUGCUGAUCUCAUUAAAAACAAACUGUCUUUGGGAAUUCGUCGGUGAUAUACCCAUGCAAGGAUCAAACGACGAUCUUUGGCAUAUACUGCUUCUCUUCGUUAAAGGAAGCGAUGCUGAUUUGGAAAGUUUGCAAGUUACGACUAUACAACAUUGCAUGGACCAAACAGAUCAGACUGCCUUUGGAGCUUUCCUUUCCGACCUAAAUGCAGCUGGAAGAACUUUUGCCAUGCGUGCCUUGUGUAAUCUCAGUGGCUAUGCAAGCGACGUCGCUCUGCUUAGCCAUCUUCUGUCUUUAAUCGUUUAUGGUCUCUACGAGUUCAUUCCUGCCAACGGAAGUACGUUGGUCAGCGGAAAGGGCCUCUUGGAAUAUGUACUUUCGUCGCAUCCGCGCCUUCUGCACCGUUUCAUUGAAUUAUGUAAUGAGCGCGAUCUGCUUUUUGAGUUUCAUUGGCGCUUGGCGAUCCGAAUCACCGACAGUUUCGUCCAUGACGUUGAAUCUGAUGAAGAAAAUGGUCGAUUGGUGACAUUCUGCGAUUAUGAGUGUAGUAACAUGGAAGCGUUUUCGAGUUUCGUAAACUUCAUGCUGUAUGUUUCUGACGCUACGAUGCUGAACGAUCAUGGCGGCAUGCGCCUAUUCGAGCAAGUCACGAAAACAUGCGUCAAAAGACCGUUGGUGAUGUGCUUACAACGAAUUUUGAAGAUUCUCAACAUUGACGCCAUUAACGAUUACCCUACGCUAGUCAACUGCAUUCAGCACAUCACGAGCAUAGGCCAGUCGACCUGGUUUCCGUUUCGCGCUUCCGGCGAUGUCAAGGCAGACGAAAUAGAAAGGAUCAACGCAAUGAUUUGCACUUACACAGGACGAAUCAGCUUUAGCAGCGAAGUGCUGAUCAUCAUUGUCAGUGUCAGUGUCAGGAGAGGGCGGGUCAAUGACGUCUUCAGGUGGCGCUUUGUUUCUUCAGGACUUUUGAUUUCGGGGGAGACGGCGGAUUCUGGGGUUUACACCGUGUCGCAGGGGCCGGAAGCUGUUGAUAUUUUUGCUGAAGCAAGUAAUAUCAUCAGCGUAUGCAAGGAGACCUAUUUUCUCACCUGCGAUCUCAUAUCCCAGGGAAUGUUCCAGGCGAUUAGCGCAUCUGAGGACUGGUUCCAGGGCAAUGUUAAAAAGAAGGGGGACAGUGGGUCACCUUGUCUAACGCCUGCCAGCACGGAUACCUCCCCUGUGUUGCCAGUACCGGUUCGUAUUCUAAUCCGGUUACCGGUGUACAUGUCCUUGAUUAUAUUUAGGGUGGACUCAGGUACCUUAAUAAGUUCUAGUGUGCGGAAGAGGGCCUGA